ACUGUAGUCCGCGGAAACUCUUCAGUAAGAACGCUAAAGGAACUGAGGUAUGGAUAGUUGCGAUAUAAAAUAAUUCAGAUCAUUUUGGAGGGAUUCCCCAAGUGGCGAGUGAGGAAGUCAUGAAGGCUCACAUAUCUGCGUUGGCUGGGUAAUUUCGUCAUGGUCCUAAAGCCGCCGACCUUCUCCCGAGAUUGAGCGAUUUUACAAUUCAAUAUCAAAGACACGCGUGCAGCCUCUUACGAGAACACAAAAGCAUCCUCAGUAUGGCUUCACCCCAACCAGGUAUCCCAUCAACAACAGAGCAGUAUACACCACCACCAUAUGAGUCUGAGCCUAGUAAAGAACUAGACAAUGUGCCAGAACAAGCUACAAGAAAGAGAGGCAAAGGGAGACCACCAAAAUCUUUACACACUUUUAAGUGCUCGAGCUGUCAGGAGGUCUUUACCAGCCCUUCGGCCUUACAGAGCCACAAGCUGUCAGUACAUGGUAAAGACAAACAGCAGCAAUACACCUGUGGUAAAUGCACUAAGAUGUUCUCUACCCGAGCACAGCUUUCUAAGCAUCAGCGCUCCCAUUCACCUCAGCGUCCGUUCCAGUGCCUGCAGUGCCAUAAGGCUUAUAAGACUCCAACGGAAUUACGCAACCACAGUCGCUCACACACAGGGGAGAAACCAUUUGUUUGUUUGGACUGUGGCAAGGCAUUCAUGCAGGCCAUUUGCCUGCGUAUCCACAUGACACAGCACAGUGGCGAAAGGCCUCACUCGUGUCCUCUCUGCUCCAAGAGUUAUCCCACACUUUCCAAACUCAAAGUGCACCAACGAUCCCACACCGGUGAAAAGCCUUACUUUUGUGUUGAGUGUGGGAAGAGUUUUGCAGACCCUUCAGUUUACCGCAAGCAUCGGCGUAAUCACCUAGGCCACCGGCCGUAUUCCUGUGCGCAGUGUGGUAAAACUUACACAGAGCUGAAGGACUUGAAAAAUCAUGAGCGUUCACACACAGGUGAGAAGCCUUUCCUGUGCUCAGACUGCGGCAAAGCCUUCUCCCGAUCCUCAUCAUUGGCGUGCCACUUGCGAAUUCACUCCAAAAGCAAGCCAUAUCAGUGUGAGCAGUGUGGAAAAGGUUUUACCCAACUGUCCUCAUACCAGUCUCACCUUCGCACACACUCUGGUGAAAAACCAUUCUUAUGCCCACAGUGUGGUAAGAUGUUCUCGGAUCCCUCUAGUUUCCGCCGACACCAACGGGCACAUCAAGGAUUCAAGCCAUACCCUUGCGACAAGUGCACUAAGAGGUUUCGGCAACCCGCAGAUCUUGCUGUGCAUCAACGUGUGCACUCUGGCCAGCGACCCUAUAAAUGCCAACGUUGUGAUAAAGCUUUUGUAGCUUCUUGGGAUCUUCGGCGCCACAUGCUAGUGCAUUCCGGACUGCGUCCUUUCGCUUGCACUGAGUGUGGCAAGUCUUUUACGGAGCGUUCCAGCCUGAACAAACACAGAAGGGUGCAUUCAGGAGAGCGUCCAUACAAAUGCCAGCUUUGCUUCAAGUCGUUUGUUGUGUCUUCGAGUUUGCGCAAGCAUGAGAGGACACACUUAUCCGAGAGGCCGAUACAGGUUCAUGUCACUCCAGAAUCAGCUUCAGUGUUUCCCAGCACCCUUCCCCAGUUCUCCUGCUCUCACUGUGAUAUGAUAUUUGGGACAUGGGAGGAGGUGCAGGCCCACACCAGCCUUCACACCAUCUCUCCCCCAUCUGAUCCUUCAGUUUUGGCUGUACCUGUCAGCCCACAUGUAUGUGUGACUUGCCAGGAAGAGUUUGUUAAUCUGGCUGAUCUUCAGGCACACGAGAAACUGCAUCCCAAGCCUCGACCCCACAUUUGUGACCAGUGUGGAAAAGGUUUUCUGAAUAAAGCUGGUCUUCGUAAACACCAGCGUAUCCACUCAAGUAAUCGGCCACAUAGUUGCAAUGUUUGCGGGAAGGCUUUUCUUUUUGCUGCUUAUCUACGCAAGCACUUACGCACCCACCGUGACACAGAGUCCUUACCGUCUCUGCCUCAGACAGACAUGGCACACACCCAGCCCUUGCCAUCCCCACCAAGUGCUGCGUCACCUUCGGGAUCAGAACCCACCGCUAUUUCCCUUACUGUUCCUGUAACCUUUCAGACAAUACCAGCCCAUGUGUAUAUGGACAAAGAAGACGGACUCUGAACUUAUUGAUGACUUUGUCGGAUGCUUUGAACAUUUGUUUAGACAAUGUUCACAUUUUUGUUACUGCUAUUCUAUACUAACAGGACAGUGAAAGCGUUGAAAACAGAAAAGCCAAUGCAUUGUUUUUUUUGUUUUUUUUUAAAGAUGGAUUAAAUGCAUCAGUACACAAAAUUUCUC